AUGGCAGUAACGGCAGGUUUCCCUACUCUGACAGUUGGUUGCUUGCGUAGAUAUAGCCCUCGCACGCUCAGACCAUUCCUUGGUUGUCAUAGCAGGCUCUAUUCGCCAUCGCUCCGCCGCUCGAUAUCAUCCUACCUCACGAGUCCGAGGGAGCUGCACAAUGCCAUUAAGACAAGUCCAUCGUCGGCCACCUCACUCGAACCACGGGUUAUUCCCUUGUGCGUCUCCUGGUUUCCAGACAAUGACCAGGAGAGUCGCACCGGUAUCCAGACAUUCUGCCAGAAACGGAUCCAAGAAGCUCGCUUUUUCGACCUCGACAUUGUUAUCGACACGGAGUCUCCGUUUCCUCGUCUCCUACCCAGCGCUCUAGGCCUCGCGAGCUCAAUGAGCGGGCUGGGCAUUCGCAAAGAGGACAUUCUGGUAGUCUACGAUACAAGCGAAUUAGGUAUCUUCUCGGCACCACGGGUAGGAUGGAUGUUGAAGGUUUUUGGCCAUCCGAAGGUGCACAUCCUCAAUAAUUUCCGGCUGUGGGUGGAACAGGGCCUUCCGACAGAACAAGGGGAGAUACCUAGCUUCAAGCGUUGCAUCUACCCGGUUCCCACGAUAGAUGAGGGGAAGAUUGCUACCUAUGAGGAAGUUCUCGAAGCAGUCAUGGACCAUAAUAAAGAGGGUAGAGAGGGCAUACAGGUUUUGGAUUCACGAUCGAGCGACGACUUCAGCGGAAAGUAUCCGGGGCCACGGCCAGACUCACUCUCAGGACACAUGCCCGGUUCGAUAAAUAUCCCAUACGACCUAGUGCUGGAUACGGAAACGAAGGCAUUCUUACCAUCUGAUCAACUUGCGAAACUGUUCAAAGCGAAAGGAGUUGACCCUCUCAAGCCGAUUAUCUCAAGUGGGACAAGCAUCACAGCGUAUGUGAUUGAGACAGCGCUACAUGAGGCACAAUGGGGCUCUUCCGAUUCACUGAAUGGACGCAAAGAGUACGGGCAUCGGACUAUUUGGUUCGGAAGACGAAUCCUUAACGAACAAACACAGGUUCUUUUACAUAUCUUUGGCAUGUUCAGGGACCCAAUGCCGUCACGGCUAGGGUUCCGUCGAGUUUUUGACAACCAUCGGUUCUGCCGGAUUAUCUUUGACCGUCUUGAGCCUCUUGAGCACCCGACUGUUCAUAUAGAUAAAAGUGACCUUGUCAGUGCUAAGCGGACUAAGCUGAUUCCGAAGCUUACAAUGAAGACCCAAAGUAUCCCCACGCGCUUAGGAUGUAAUAGUGAGAAGGCGUAUGAGGAGUCUUCGGCUGUUCUCGAUAGAUCCGCGAGGUUGGGCCAAAGAGAGCACGUUCGCGAGCACGGAAUCGACAAAACUCCCCAAAGAGCUGAAGCGAUGUGCUCUCUCCAGAGUGUCAAGCCCAAGCCUUGGGCUGCCGUCAGAUCAGAUUAA